ACUCGCCAGUCGCCGGUCCUUGCUGUAGCUCCUGUCGUGUCAUGCUGGUCUUCGCUGAGCUUCUCACCACUUGUCCGUGACAGAGCGCGGAGCACGUCUACCAAGCCCCCUCCCUUGAGCUCGACGUGCGGGAUCUCAUCGAAGCCGGGCUGGCAACGCGGACAAUCAUCAACGUGACGGCCUUGACUCUGCAGAUCGACGCGCCCGUGGCUAUGCAGCUUCCUUUCGCACUUCCGUCUGUGUCUUCAUCAAACAAGAGGGAUAUUCUUGAUCUUGCCAAGAUCUGCUAGAAUGUCUUUUCGGUACUAGAUUGUGGAGAGAUCCAAACUUUUGAAUUAUUCUUCCAGCGAGUACGCCGAUUUUCCCGUACUACCGAUUAUUCACCUAGCAAGUUCUUCAGAGGUCUCUUGAUCUCAUCCAUUCUAUGGAUCUCAACGUCUAACCAAGUGUAAUUCUAUACAACAAAUGCGACCUUGUCUAUAGGGAUGAUCUACGACCGAGUCACGCGACCUGUAACAAACCUCUUUUGU